AGAGGCAGGGCGCGAGCAGGGAGCAGCUGUGAGAAACCGUUGAUCAACAGAAGAUCUCUCAUUCUGCUUUAUACACAAAACGUUCUCAGUGAUCUGGCAGCAUGUCAGCAAAGGCCAUCUCAGAGCAGACGGGUAAAGAGUUCCUGUACAAGCACAUCUGCACCACAGCAGCUGUACAGAACCGAUUCCGCUACGCUAAUGUAACUGCAGCUACCGACUGGAACAGACUGGUUCAGGAGCAUCCCUGGCUGCUUACUGAGCGAUUGGUGGUAAAGCCUGAUCAGCUGAUCAAGCGGAGAGGGAAGCUGGGAUUGGUGGGCGUCGAUCUUGACCUACAGGGUGUGAAAGAAUGGCUAAAACUACGCCUUAUGAGAGAGACUACGGUGGAAAAAGCAAAAGGCAUUCUGAAGAACUUCCUUAUAGAGCCGUUUGUUGCCCAUAAGCAGGAGGAGGAAUUUUAUGUGUGUGUAUAUGCAGCGCGGGAGGGGGACUAUGUGCUGUUCCAUCAUGAGGGAGGGGUAGAUGUAGGUGAUGUGGACUCCAAAGCUCAGAAGCUGCUGGUCAGUGUAGAUGAGAAGCUCAAUCUUGAUUCUGUCAGACAGAAACUGCUCAUACAUGCCCCCGCUGACAAAAAGGAAGUACUGGCUAAUUUCCUGGUGGGCUUAUUUAACCUGUAUGAGGACUUGUAUUUCACCUACCUGGAAAUCAAUCCUCUGGUUGUAACAAAAAAUGGAGUGUAUGUGUUGGACAUGGCUGCUAAGAUCGAUGCCACUGCUGAUUACCUGUGUAAAGCUAAAUGGGGGGAUGUGGAGUUUCCUCCUCCAUUUGGCAGAGAGGCCUACCCAGAGGAAGCGUAUAUAGCAGAUCUGGAUGCUAAGAGUGGAGCUAGUCUAAAACUCACUCUUCUCAACCCUCGGGGACGUAUCUGGACCAUGGUGGCUGGAGGUGGAGCCUCCGUUGUCUAUAGCGAUACAAUCUGUGACCUGGGUGGACUUAAUGAAUUGGCUAAUUACGGAGAGUAUUCAGGGGCUCCCAGUGAGCAACAGACCUAUGACUAUGCCAAGACUAUCCUCUCGCUGAUGACCCGUGAGAAACACCAUGAUGGGAAGGUGCUGAUCAUUGGAGGAAGCAUUGCCAACUUUACUAAUGUAGCUGCUACAUUCAAGGGUAUUGUCAGGGCAAUUAAAGACUAUCAGGAGCCUCUAAAAGAGCAUGAGGUCAGCAUUUUUGUGCGACGUGGCGGACCAAACUACCAGGAAGGGUUGAGGGUGAUGGGAGAAGUGGGUAAAACGACAGGCAUCCCAAUCCACGUCUUUGGCACCGAGACCCACAUGACGGCCAUCGUUGGUAUGGCACUGGGCCAUCGACCAAUUGCCUCUCAGCCUCAGGGUGCUGCCCAUACUGCCAACUUUCUGCUUAACACUAGUCGCAGCACAUCGACCCCCACCUCAAGCAGGACUGCAUCUUUUUCUGAAGUGAAAAGUGGAGCAGGGGCCUCAACUGCCAAAUCAGCUAAACCUGGUGCCCCACCAGCAAAAGCCACUACUCUGUUCAGCAAGCGUACAAAGGCUGUUGUGUGGGGCAUGCAGACCCGGGCAGUACAGGGAAUGCUGGAUUUUGACUACGUGUGCUCUCGUGAAGAGCCGUCAGUGUCAGCCAUGAUCUACCCCUUCACUGGAGACCAUAAGCAGAAGUUUUAUUGGGGUCAUAAGGAAAUAUUAUUGCCAGUUUACAAGAACAUGUCGGACGCGAUGAAGAAACACCCAGAGGUGGAUGUGCUUAUUAGCUUCGCCUCACUCCGAUCUGCUUUCGACAGCACUAUGGAGACGUUACAGUACCCACAGAUUCACACUAUUGCUAUUAUAGCUGAGGGUAUUCCUGAAGCUCUGACCCGCAAGAUCAUCAAGAAAGCAGAUCAGAAGGGAGUCACUAUUAUUGGACCAGCAACGGUUGGAGGUAUAAAGCCUGGCUGUUUUAAGAUUGGUAAUACAGGCGGAAUGCUGGACAACAUUCUGGCAUCAAAGCUGUACAGGCCAGGCAGUGUGGCCUAUGUGUCCCGUUCAGGUGGAAUGUCCAACGAGCUGAACAACAUCAUAUCCCGCACCACCGAUGGAGUCUAUGAGGGUGUGGCCAUUGGGGGAGACAGGUACCCAGGUUCAGUAUUCAUGGAUCAUGUGUUGAGGUAUCAGGACACACCAGAUGUGAAGAUGAUUGUGGUGCUGGGAGAGAUUGGUGGUACAGAAGAGUAUAAAAUCUGUCGGGGAAUUAAAGAGGGAAGAAUUACUAAGCCUGUGGUCUGCUGGUGCAUUGGGACUUGUGCCACCAUGUUUUCCUCUGAGGUGCAAUUUGGCCAUGCUGGAGCAUGUGCAAACCAGGCCUCUGAGACAGCAGUAGCCAAGAACAAGGCUUUAAAAGAGGCUGGAGCUUUUGUCCCCAAAAGCUUUGAUGAACUUGGAGAGGUCAUCAAAUCUGUUUAUGAUGACUUGGUGAGCCAGGGUGUGAUUGUACCAGCUCAGGAAGUUCCCCCUCCCACUGUUCCUAUGGACUAUUCUUGGGCAAGAGAGCUGGGUCUGAUUCGUAAACCAGCAUCUUUCAUGACCAGUAUCUGUGAUGAGCGUGGGCAGGAGCUCAUCUAUGCUGGCAUGCCUAUCACAGAGGUCUUCAAGUCUGAGAUUGGUCUGGGAGGAACUCUGGGUCUUCUCUGGUUUCAAAGGAGGUUACCACGAUAUGCAUGUCAGUUCAUAGAGAUGUGUUUAAUGGUGACUGCGGAUCACGGUCCUGCGGUAUCUGGUGCACAUAACACCAUUGUGUGUGCUCGAGCAGGAAAAGACCUCAUCUCCAGCCUCACAUCUGGCCUUCUCACUAUCGGGGACCGGUUCGGUGGGGCUCUGGAUGCUGCUGCUAAACAGUUCAGUAAGGCAUUUGACAGUGGCAUGCUGCCCAUGGAGUUUGUAAACAAGAUGAAGAAAGAUGGCAAGCUGAUCAUGGGUAUCGGACACAGAGUCAAAUCUAUUAAUAACCCUGACAUGAGGGUACAGAUUCUCAAGGACUUUGUAAAGCAGCACUUUCCUUCCUCACAACUACUGGACUAUGCACUGGACGUGGAAAAAAUCACCACAUCCAAGAAACCCAACCUCAUCCUGAAUGUUGACGGCUUAAUUGGUGUGGCGUUUGUGGAUCUUCUCAGGACGUGUGGAGGCUUUACACGGGAUGAGGCAGAUGAAUUUGUGGAAAUAGGAGCACUCAAUGGAAUCUUUGUCCUGGGACGCAGCAUGGGCUUUAUUGGCCAUUACUUGGAUCAGAAGCGUCUAAAACAGGGUCUGUACCGUCACCCAUGGGACGACAUAUCCUACGUCCUGCCCGAACACAUGUCCAUGUAAGCAAGGACCUACAUCAUCAGUUCAUCACUGCCACUUCAAACAGCUUUAGCCUCUAGAUGUGAGUGCAAUUGUACCUGUGAAAAGACAUAGAAUAGUUCAUUGUAACUUAAAAAUAACAAGUUGUUCUGUAUUAAGCAGUUUAUUAACCAGCGUGAAGUGCAUUCCUGUAAUGAAAAUGUUUUCAGAAGAGAACAAUGUGAUGUUUACAGAGUUCAGCUAAAUAGAACAAAGUAAUUUGUGACAUUAGUAAGUAGGGAAAUUAAACAAUUAUGUUAAUUACUGUAAUUACUGUAAUUGCUGUAAUGAAGAACAUGAAGCAGGGCUUCAGAUUACCCAAAAUGACGGUUUGUGAAGGACAACAUUUAAUUUUGAUGUUUAUCAAAUCCCAGUGGAAAGUUUGUGUUGAAAAUAAGCUGGGCUUUCUUGAAGUGCCUCUGGAAGUUAGAUUGUUUUGUCGCAAAUAAUCUUAAAACAGAUAAAACAUGCCGGCUGUAUCCCAAUUUGCCAACUCCAUAGCUGUUACUCCAGUUACUGAACUCUAUAGUAUUUAUUUAGCCAGUAUCAUUAGCAGCUACUCGUUGCAAUAACAACAGCAUUUAGAAGAAGAUCUUGACUAUUUUCAUGUUAAAUUAUCAGCACUGUUAAUAAGAGAAAAUCUGAAUCUGAUAUGUUAUAUUUUGAUAGCUGUUGUGCAUCUGUAAAAACAUUGUUUUGGAUGUAGUAUUUUGAAAGUUUCACUGUGCCAUGAUAUAUAAAAGCCAUUUCUUCUGUCUAGACAACAGUGUUGUUAUAUUGUUUUAAUAUCUGUAUCCAGUGUUUACAGUUAAGCUGUGUUGAAGACAUGUGCAAUAGCUAAGCCCACAUUUUGCUAUAACAGCAAAUUAAUCAAGUGUCUAAUAUUGAGCAUGAUAAAUAAAUCAGUACUUAAACUAUA